UUGCAUCUUGGAAGGGACUGUAGGGAGGAACAGAGCCUCUCAAUCACGCGGGUAUAAAUAGGAGACGGAGGGGAGCCUAAAAGAAAAGGAAGAGGAGGGGAGAGAAAAGUGUGUGCUGGGGGGAGCGGGGCAGAACAUUUUUGGUGGAUGGUGUGAAGCCAGCCAUGGAAACUGCAGCUGAGGAAAAUACUGAACAAAGCCAAGAAAGAAAAGGAAAUUUAAAUGUGGGAAAGAAUGCAUGGAGCCAUUUGUGAACAGCAGAGCUGAAAUGGAAAUUGGCAGGUACCACUGGAUGUACCCAGGCUCAAAGAACCACCAGUACCAUCCUGUGCCAACCCAGGGGGACAGGGCUGACCCCUUGAGCAGUCCAGGCUGCUUCGAAUGCUGCAUCAAGUGUCUGGGAGGAGUCCCCUAUGCCUCCCUGGUGGCCACCAUCCUCUGCUUCUCCGGGGUUGCCUUGUUCUGCGGCUGUGGGCAUGUGGCUCUUGCUGGCACCGUGGCGAUUCUUGAGCAACACUUCUCCACCAACACCAGUGACCAUGCUUUGCUGAGCGAGGUGAUCCAGCUGAUGCAGUAUGUCAUCUACGGAAUUGCGUCCUUUUUCUUCUUAUACGGGAUCAUUCUGUUGGCAGAAGGCUUUUACACUACAAGUGCAGUGAAGGAACUGCACGGUGAGUUUAAAACCACCGCCUGUGGCCGAUGCAUCAGUGGAAUGUUCAUUUUCCUCACCUAUGUGCUCGGAGUGGCGUGGCUGGGUGUCUUCGGUUUCUCUGCUGUGCCCGUGUUCAUGUUCUAUAACAUUUGGUCAACCUGUGAGCUCAUCAAGUCACCACACACCAAUGGGACGGCAAGCGUGGAGCAGAUCUGUGUGGAUAUCCGGCAAUACGGUAUCAUUCCUUGGAAUGCUUUCCCAGGAAAAAUUUGUGGUUCUGCCCUAGAGAACAUCUGCAACACCAGUGAGUUCUACAUGUCCUAUCACCUGUUCAUUGUGGCCUGUGCAGGAGCUGGGGCCACCGUCAUUGCCCUGAUCCACUUCCUCAUGAUACUGUCUUCUAACUGGGCUUACUUAAAGGAUGCAAGCAAAAUGCAGGCUUACCAGGAUAUCAAAGCAAAGGAAGACCAGGAACUGCAAGAUAUCCAGUCUCGGUCAAAAGAGCAACUCAAUUCUUACACAUAAGUGCUUGCCAGAGUAUUUCCGCCGGAGAAUUGACAGCUCUGACCAGUCAGCAGACAGCUGCUCAGCAGCACAGAUGUGUGUCCCACCAAACAAACCCCGGUACAAGUCCAAACCCUUCACUGUCUGUCUCAAGCUGCUGGGGUGCAUUUCUAGGAAAGCCUUCCAGCGGGUAAAUCUUUUCCUU